AUGGAGCCACUCACAACCCCCAAUCCGGACCGAUACUCUAAGGCGCUCGGACAAAAGUUCAAAGGCGCUAACACAAACGGCAAGGUUUGGAUCUUCACCAAAGAAGGGGCUCAUUUUGAUAUUGAAGAAGAUGGAGAUCAGAUUCUACAUGGAAAGUUAACUUCCCAACGCAUGACUUGCCCCAUCUUUGUCUCGGCCGUCUAUGCAAAGUGCUCAAGAUUGGAACGAUACCCAUUAUGGGACAAAAUGAGGGACAUCUCGAACCUAGUGGAUGGAAUGCCAUGGUUAAUUGGAGGGGACUUCAACUCGAUUCUCUCACAUGCUGAUCAGGUUGGGAGUGAUACCAAUAGGCAGGGCGAGAUGAUUGAUUUUGCGGAAACUAUUGAAGAUUGCCGCCUCCUUGACCCGGGCUACGAUGGAGCGGAGUACACGUGGGCCAAAAAGGGGCUGUUCGAAAGGCUGGAAAGGAUGUUUGUGAGCCCUCCCAAGAUUUUUCAGGCUUCGAGGGUGACCAACUUGCUGAGAGUAUCAUCGGAUCAUGGCCCGAUCCUCGCACGUCCAAGACUGUUGGGAGCAACCCACCGGGGCGGCCGGGCUCCUAAAUCUCCAAAUCAAGUUUAUACGAAGCAAAAAAGUCUUAAAGACAUGGAACAAAGAGUCUUUGGGAACAUACAUGCUAAUCCCACGAGGAUGGAAGAAGAGAUAGCAAAGGCCCAAGCAAAUUUCGAAGCUGACCGCACGCUCUGGAACAGGACCCAGAUAAACAAGAACAUCGCCGAAUACAUCCUCUUACUUGAUGGAGGAGGAUUUUUGGCGACAAAAGACGGCCUUGAGGUGGCUUGCAGAGGGAGACAGGAAUUCCAGAUUUUAUCAAAGCUGGGUGAAACAGAAGAGGGUCAGGGGCUUCUCGCUCCGAACAUUCCAGCAGCGCUCGAGGAGCCGGACCUAGACUUGAUCCACCAAAUACCGCCUUUGGACGACCUUACGAACCUUCAUAAGGCCCCGGAUUCGGGCGAGGUGAAGAGAGCAGUUUUUGAGAUAUUCGGGGAUAGUGCACCUGGACCGGAUGGAUUCUCGGCCACAUUUUAUCAAGCAUGUUGGUCGAUUGUUGGAAGGGACGUUGUGAAGCGAUCUCUCAGUUUUUCAAAGGGGCUUACCUCCCCCGAAGUGUCACGGCCACAAACAUAG